AUGCUCAGGGUUGGCUUUGAUGCUUCGACGAAUGAGAUUCCAGACCCUGUAGCAAGGGACCGAAGGAGGCGAAAACGAGACCAAACAGUUGCGCAACUGAUAGACAAUGAGGAAACGCUGUAUUUCUGCAACCUAACUGUUGGAACUCCAGGGCAGAGUUUGCGAUUAAUUCUUGAUACUGGUAGCAGCGAUUUAUGGUGCAACGCCGCGAAUUCAACACUCUGUUCUUCUCCGAAAGAUCCAUGUCGCAUAUCUGGAUCAUUUGACCCAAGCUCGUCAUCAUCUUAUUCUUAUAUAUCUUCUGAUUUCAACAUUACCUACGCAGACGGAACUGGAGCCGCCGGGGACUAUGCCACUGACACAGUCAGUAUUGGUGGUGCAACAAUUAAAGACUUCCAGUUUGGAAUCGGCUACACAUCCAGUUCAGCAGAGGGCGUCUUAGGAAUCGGUUAUCCAUCAAAUGAAGUCCAGGUUGCUCGAUACGGAGACGAUGCUUAUCCCAAUCUUCCUCGGUUCCUGAUGCAAAAUGGAUUUGUUCAGUCGAGCGCUUAUAGCCUCUGGCUAAAUGACCUUGAAGCGAAUACCGGCUCAAUCCUGUUUGGAGGGGUUGAUACAGAGAAGUAUCGUGGCGACCUGCAAACUCUCCCCAUUCAGACCGUCAAUGGAGAGUAUUCUGAGCUGAUAAUAGCUCUCACUGGCGUCUCGCUGGAUACUGAAGCCAGGAAGCAUACAGUGUCUUCAAACGCGCUACCAGCAGCUGUGCUCCUAGACUCCGGCAGCUCUCUAUCAUAUCUACCUGACUCAAUUGCCGAAAAAAUAUACGAUGACCUUCGCAUUUCCUAUGAGCCGUCCACUGGUGCAGGAUACGCGCCAUGCAGUUUGGCCCGGCAAAAUAUUAAUGUGACCUUUACGUUCUCUUCACCCGAAAUCGCGGUUGGCAUUGAUGAACUCAUUAUAGAUGCCGGAGAUCUUCGUUUUUCUAACGGUGAACGCGCUUGCAUAUUCGGCCUUGUUCCUGCUGGAGAUAAUACCGCUGUACUAGGGGAUACCUUUCUGCGCAGCGCAUAUGUUGUCUAUGAUUUGACAAACAACGAGAUUUCUAUCGCCAAAACCAAUUUCAACUCGACAAAGAGUAACAUCCUAGAAAUUGGAACCGGUAGUGACGCCGUUCCUGGAGCUACAAAGGUAUCGCAUCCUGUCACUUCAGUAGUGGCUGAUGGGUCUGGGUCUAGAAUUGGUGCGCCAACGAACACUGAAGAUAUUGUGCCAUCGGCGAGUACAGGCGCAGCGGUUGUGCUAGGGAGAUCGACAAUAUCUCCGGUGCUCGUUGGCGCUGCAGCAUUGGGGUAUAUGUUUGCUUUUUGAAAUUUUCGUACAGAUAAAGCUGAUUUCUAGGUAGAUGAAUAUCAAUAUAAGACCCUUU